AAUUGAAAGAAUCGAGUUGUUUUUAAAUGUAAGGUUAAAAAUAUAUUUUACAGUUGUCAUAUUCCAAAUCAUUAGUGAAAUAAAUGUUGAUUCAAAAGUGGAAACAAGCCAAAUUAAACAGCAUUGAAAAAUUUAAAUACUUUAGGAAUUGGAAAUUAAAUCUUAAAAUUUGAAUACACGUUUAGGACUAGCUACGGUACUGUCUAAUUUUUUUGUACGCAGACUCCGAUUGAUAAUCAAAAUUUACAAGAAUCCAAAUCAAAUAUAACUACUUAACCCAAGCAGAUCAGUAGAUAAAUCGAGUUUUUACAUAUUUUGGUGGCGAAGUUGUAAACCUCAGAGUGUACAGUAUAAAAAAUAGUUUAUGCUAGUGAAGGUUAUUGGUAUAUUUUUAAAUCGGCAUUAAAGCAUUCGUUAGUAAUCGGAAAUAAAUUUCAUUGCAUGAAUGUUGAUACAUUGCGCUUAAUAUAAAAACAGUAAACACUUUAAAAGUGUUUUCUACACGAAAGAAAGUGCGCAAUUUAUUAAUCGGGUUAUUUAACUUACAUAAAUGUAAGUUAAGAGUAAAUUUUCUUGUCAAUAGGAUAUAGUAUUUUAAAAAGAUUCAUAGCUAUUAGUUGAAUUAGGACACAUAAACCGGGUAAACAAUUCCACGUGAUCGAAGCAUGGUAUUAACCGAAAGAGGGGUCUUGUCAAAUUGUGGUUUAUAGUAUAUUCGCCUUUAUUUCGACGAAGUACAAGAAUGAAGAUUUGCAUUGGUUACGAGGAAUUUGUCACGUAGUAGUUGUUAUCCUACAUUUUGAGAAAUCUGAACCACAACCCCGUGCAUUGAAUACAAUUUAUUCGUGUGAAAUUUUUGUAUCGUGAUCUAAUUAAUUUGUAAACCUUUAAGGAAUGUGUGGUGUUUACCUGCUACUGUGAGAAAAUGAACCCUAAUGUUUAUGUUCCAAAAUUAUUGUGAUUUUGUGAAAUGACUCAAAUUCAGAGAGAUACUGUUAUCCAUUUAGUCGCAGGAGGGAUUGCUGGGACCACUGGUGCCAUUGUAACUUGUCCGUUGGAGGUAGUGAAGACCCGUCAACAAUCUUCAAAAAACGGUUUCAUUGUUGUCCGUGACCUUCCCAAUGUACCCGGUGAAACGAAUCAACCGAAAACUACUUGUAGAACUGUUCCCGAUCAGAGGCGUAGGUUAUGGACAACAUGUCAAUACAGCCGGCCUCAAGUUGUAGCUCUUUCAGGUUAUUCCUUUACGCCGGCGCAGUCGCUCAGCAUAGUCCAAUGUCUCAAACAUAUUGUGCAACAUGAAGGGCCCAUGGCUUUGUUUAAAGGUCUUGGGCCUAACCUAAUUGGUGUUGCUCCAUCCAGAGCUGUCUAUUUUUGUACAUAUUCACAAGCCAAAGGUUUCUGGAAUGGAAUAUUACCUCCGGAUUCGCCUAUCGUUCAUGUAUGUUCGGCUUCGUGUGCUGGAUUCAUGGCAAGUUCUCUUACCAAUCCCAUUUGGUUUGUAAAGACUCGUCUCCAGUUAGAUUUUAAUAGGAAUAGUAAUGUGACUGCUAUGCAAGUCGUAAGAAGGAUAUAUGCUACUUCGGGAAUAUUAGGUUUUUAUAAGGGUAUAACGGCAUCCUACAUGGGCAUAUCCGAGACUAUUGUCCAUUUUGUGAUAUACGAAGCUAUUAAAGCAGAAUUAAUGGCGCACAGGUCGCACACCUCUGACGAAAAGAGUUCAAAAGAUUUUUUGGAAUUCAUGUUGGCAGGUGCUAUAUCGAAAACUGUCGCUUCUUGUAUUGCGUAUCCACAUGAAGUAGCCAGAACUAGGUUGAGAGAAGAAGGGAAUAAAUAUACAGCUUUUUGGCAAACACUCGGCUUAGUGUACAAAGAAGAAGGCCUACGAGGGAUAUAUAGAGGACUGACUACACAAUUAGUGAGACAAAUACCGAAUACAGCAAUCAUGAUGGCCACGUACGAAGCAGUGGUAUAUAUUUUAACCGCAAAAUUCAAUACACAAUUUUAUGCAAAAGAAAGUGAAUGAAAUAUUUAUUUCGUAGUAAAUGAGGGUACUUUAGGUUUUUGUAAAAUAUUUGUCCAUAAAUAGUAGGUAAUUAUUUUUUAAGGAAGUUUUUUUGUUUUAUUGUAUAUAUAUGUAUUUGUUAAUAUUUUGAAUUUUUUUUGUCUUCACAUAAUGGCAAAAAAUUGUUUGUAAAAACCAAAAUUAGUCACAAAGUGGUUAUAUUUUAAGCCAUUAAAAGUUUUUACUUGAAUAA